AGGAAAAUAUGGAAACUUUGCAUGUUGUUUGUCUAUAUAAGGAUACAAAUACAUCAUUAAAGAGCCGUCGUGGCUAAGAUUUAGCUAGGCUGGCAAUAGGGGCAAUGGCCAUCCUCUUCUUCAAUUUCAAGGCUCUUCUCCUUCUUCUUUCUUUAACAGAUUUAUUUGCCAGUACACUCAGCCUUGGAAUUGGAAUUAACUAUGGCCAAAUUGCCAAUAAUCUACCAACACCAUCACGAGUCUCGACUCUCCUCAGAUCCCUCAACGUUACGAAAGUAAAACUCUACGACGCUGAUCCAAACGUGUUAACAGCAUUCGCGAAUACAAAUGUCGAAUUUGUUAUUGGACUUGGGAAUGAGAACUUACAAAGAAUGAGUGAUCCUCAACAAGCUCAAUCUUGGAUUCAGCAACAUGUUCAACCUUAUCAUACUCAGACUAAAAUCACUUGUAUUACUGUUGGUAACGAGGUCUUAACGGGUGAUGAUAUGCAGCUAAAGUCUUACCUCCUCCCGGCAAUGCAAGGCGUUUAUAAGGCUCUUGUUAAUCUCGGCCUUAGUAAUGAUAUAUAUGUGGCACAUCCACACUCUGCUGGGAUCUUGGAAAAUUCUUUUCCGCCUUCCUCAGGUUCAUUUAAACAAGAUCUUAGUGACUACAUUCGUGGCAUGCUCAAUUUCCAUGCCCAAACCAAGUCACCGUUCCUUAUAAAUGUCUAUCCGUUUUUUGCAUACAAAGACAACCCCAACGAAGUUCCACUUGAUUAUGUACUUUUCCGACCUAACCAGGGCACGAUCGAUCCAGCCACGAAUUUAAAAUACGACAACAUGUUGUAUGCACAAAUUGAUGCAGUUUAUUCAGCAAUUAAGGCAAUGGGCUAUUCAGACAUUCCAGUUAAGGUUUCUGAAACUGGCUGGCCAUCGAAGGGCGAUCAGAAUGAAUUUGGAGCAACACGUGAAAACGCUGCAUUAUACAAUGGAAAUUUGUUUCAGCGUAUACAGGAAAAUCAAGGGACUCCAGCUAACCCAUCGGAGCCUAUCGAUGUUUACGUGUUUGCACUUUUUAACGAAAAUUUAAAGCCUGGUCCUGGAUCAGAGAGGAAUUAUGGCCUCUACUACCCUGAUGGAACUGCAGUUUAUAAUAUCGGGUUACAACAAGGAUUUCUUCCACGUAUGGAUUAUUCAGCUGCCACGAAGAACGUCUUGUCUAGUUCUGCUUUUCUUCUGCUUUUCGUGAUACUCUUCUGAACGUUGUACGAUAGACAAACUAUUGGAGAUACUAGGAGAUUAGAGAUGAUUCAAUUUUUUCAAGAACUAUUGCUGAUAGAUAGGUAUUACUACAAGAUUAAAGUAUGUGCCUGUAGGGAGAACCGAUCUGGCAUGAUGGAAAAUUUUGGUUGUCAAUUCUUGAAAAGUUGCAACUUCAACGUCAUGGAGCCUAAGGCCGUUGAAAAUUUAACUGUAACCGAUAAUCCAAUCGCAAAAUUGAUUUAUUGGUAUUAGGUUAUCAUAUUAAGGGUUGGUGAAUGAAUUAAAAUUUUAUAGUUAACGGUUUAUUGGUGCGGGGGCGAAUUACUCAAUUACCUUAUCGGGUAAACCGUUAACCCGUUAAGAAUUAUUAUAUUUAUAUUUUUACUCAUAGGAAUAUGUAAAAUCUCAAACUGCAAAAGUACUUUUGUUAUAUCCCAAAAGGUUUGGUCAAACACGAUUAUAUAAGGAAAUACACACUAUUUCUAUCAUUAAUGCCGUCAGUUACCACUUGGCUACUUCACAUUUGAAACAGCAACGGCAGAAAUGAUAGUGUAAAAGCUAUCCAAGCAUACUGUAAUACAGUCACUGUACGAUAUGUAAAGAACAUAUGGGAAUGUUGCAAAAGGAUUGGAAGCUGCGAUUUUAAUUUAGUCAGCGAAAGCUGGACUACAUGUUGUGGUUUUAAUUUUCAUUUUCUUUUAGAUUUAACCGAUACACUGCCCAAUAACCGCCGGGUAAUUAUUAACCUGAUACCGAACUUAUCGGUUGACUAGCGAAUUAGUACAUUUAAAAGUCGAUAACCGAUAACUCGAAUCGUUAAACCGGAUUAUUCGUCCGAUCCGCCCUAUAAGCAGCCUUUGGAGCCCAUAAGGGACCUUUUCUUACAUCAGCAUUGGCUUAAGAUGAGUACACUAACUUGACAAAUAGAAGAAUCCAAUUUGACAUUUCCAACAAGAGUGCCUCGGUGGCUAUAUUCCAUUGAAUUUGAUUCCCUUGUAGACUGGAUAAACCUUCAUCACAGCUAGUUUGUUAUAGAAACUAGUACCUUCACUUUAUACCCUCUUUGAUACAAAGUUGACAUGUGUCUUUCGAGCAUGAGAAACAAUGUCCCUUGACCAUUAUCAAACUGACUGCAAUCUUUUGCCGUCCGAGGAGCUUCCACCAGAAUGCCUUCUACUUCUAAAGUUUAGACCUCAACCUUUUGAUCUGGAGAUUCAACUUAUUUUCCAAACUUUGAUACUCUGUACUUAUAUAUUUAACUUAUAGGCCAUGAACUAGAUCAAAAUCAUUCUCAACCAGUCCAUAAGAAGUGAUCCCUUGCUUCGUUCUCCUGGGACGGUCUAGUAUACAGUUUUCUUCUUCUUGAUCGAAUCUCUAUGUCGUGAUCUUGAGAUAGAACUCGACAUGGAGACUCGGCUCCAACAACAACUUGAUUAUGAAGGUCCUAUAACUUUGUGUUGUAGCAUUGGUACAUAAUAGUUCGUCUUUGGAUGUCUUUAGACCCGCCUAGGUUCCAUCAGGGGCGGGGAGAGCUAGUGAUUGCGAUAUGAAAUAGGUUAGAAAAAAAAGAAUAAUUAUGCCUGAAAUUAACAAGUCAACAAUUAAUUUUCAAAUUUGGCUGGGAAAAAUGGCUGCUGAAAUGUAUGUUAAUAUAGACUUUUAUGCAGAUAGUGAUGGUUACCAUCUUAGUCUUGAUUCAUUGAAGGUAAUGUGGUGUAUAUUAAUGACUUGAUUUUUCUUGCAGGUAGUCGUAGACGGUGCAGUUUUUAUUUUCUGUUUCACAUUGCUAAUUGGCUGGGAAAUUGCUUAUUGGAGUUGAUGUCAUGAUCAAAUAUAAA